AUGAACACAGAGCAUAGGACGGAUGCUGGACCGUCAAAGCCUCGUAUUAGCCCAUACUCGAGAGCGCGUCCUCGCCGUGGUCGGUUCGCUCUCCAGCCAACCAAUUUACCCACCGCGACACCUACUCAUCAAGCCCAAGUAAAAAAAUGCCGCACGGAUGGUAAGCUCGCGCAAUUGAAGGACAAGCCACUGGAUAUUUUUCUUCAGAUUGCAUCGUACCUCGAGCUACGCGACAUUUUGCAGCUGUCGCGUACGUCGAAGGAAUUUCGUGGGAUGUUCUUAACGAGGCGGUCCCGUGUGGUCUGGGUUGAAGCCCUCCGAAAUGUUCCUGGUCUUCCGGAGUGCCCACCAGCUAUAAGUGAGCUGGCGUAUGCAGCUAUCUUAUACGACCGAACCUGCAUGGCGUGCGGGGUCGGACGCGCGACGAACGCCGACUAUGCGCUCCGUGUCAGGUUCUGCAGGGCAUGUUACAAAUACAACGUGGAAGAAGGCGAGAUGCUAACUCGAUCAUUGUCAUUACCGAAGGAAAUACGCAGCACCAUUUUCAGCAUGUUGCCCACAGAGAAAAUGCGUUGGUGGGGCCGUGGGAAUCGAUCCGACCAGGUCGGAGAUCUGAACUAUGCACUCCUGCAAUGGGAAAGCUCUUGCUGGAAAGAGAAAAGGACGGUUGAGAAUCAAGCCCGCAAGGGUAGGAAGGAAAGUGUCCUGGAGAAGUUACAGGAACUGGGAUACACCGAACAAGACUUUCCCAAUACGAGCGAGUGGACGAAGGCCUUGGAUCAGCCUAGGGAGCUUUCCACACGUGUCUGGAAUGGCCUGCGCCCCAAGCUCAUCGCGAUGAUCGAACAGGAAAAGGAUGAUCGCGCCCGGAUCGCCUUCGAAGGCAAGGUCACCGAGCGAUCCGGAGAGAUCUGCGUUUACUACACGGCCUACUUGGACGCGAAUAUGGACGAGGAAACGCUCAAGCUCAUGCCGAACCCUGCUGAUUUUGUGAAGCUGCCUUCCAUGGUGGCACUGUCUACCAGGAAUCGUGCUGAUAUACCAAUCUCACAAACUGACUUCGAGUCGAAAGAGUCUUCCAUGCUCGCGGACAUAGAGCAAUACCAACUACGCGUCGAGCGAGAUCUUGCCGCGAUGCUGGAGCAAGAGCACAAUCUCAGUGAGCCCCCGGUCAGCGAGUUACCGCGUUCAACCGCUUCCGAUCAUACAUCUGUCCUGGUUCAUGCAUCAGCAUUCUUCCGCUGCAACGAGUGUGCUGACGACGAUGACCACUCUCCUCCGCUACUAUAUGUGGACGUCCACGAUCAUUUCCGCACGGCGCACCCCGACGUUUCCUGGAAUGCAAGUGCAUGGCCGCCGCGGCCACUUAAUCGGCGCAAGCGCACAUGGGAGGCACGAACUCCAUGGGUCAGUGCGGUACCGGGUAUCACGAUGUUGGUUCGCGACAUGCUAGACACUCUAGGUCUGCCCUGGGAGACACCGGGUGCACUGCUCGACCAUCUGGUGCAGGCUGGACAGCUUUGGUGUGUCUGUGGCGAUCCGCGCCUGCGAUAUGCAUCAACCUGGGCGGAUUUGGUGCGACAUGUUCUGAAGGAGAAACGAUGGUAUCGAACGAUGUGCAGUGGACAAGCCGCCAAAAACGUGAUCUUCGAGGAUCAUCUGGUGAACGGCGCCAACCCCUGCAUCAAGCUCCUUCCCCCUGGAGAGACGUUCAACAGGUCGCAUCUGCGCAUCGGACCGCCAAGCAGGGAAGAUGUUGAUGUCAUCGCUUCCAUUCUGACCUCGGGUGACACAGGAAAUGUCGUCUGCAGCACUUGCUCUAGGUGUCUGCCGAGCUGGAUGAAAUCCUCGUCUGCACAUCUUCCGCGUAAUAUGCGUGCAAUUGCAUAUCACAUGAAAGCCAAACAUCGCAUGAAUAGCAUCAGGCGGGGGGAUUUAUGGCUGGAUCAUUAG